UGGAGGAGGUGGGAGAGGAGGCGGAGGAGCGAGAGGGAGAAGUGUGGGGCAAGCUAGACAGAUGGAGGACGGCACCCAGCACCUGGGACACUGCAUGGUUGACAUGAAGGAGCUGAGUGCCGAUCCUGAAGGACUGAGCGACGCUGGUGUUAUCCUAACAUCCAAGCUGCCUCAGGUGGAGUUCAGUCUCGGCUGUAAUGAUCUGGUGGCCUCAGGCGCAGACAGGAAGCCCAACGCUUUGGUCCAGGUGGCUGUCAUAGAUCCCCACAAGCAGCACCUCUUGUCUCUCGCCUGCACAGAAAUAGUUGAGGCCAACAAAGACCCGCUGUUUCUGACGGGGAUGACCUUCCCCUCAGAGCAUCCUGCUAGCCCAGAGACACUAGUCAAGCUUACUGUGUAUGAUGCAAAGGACAAGAGCCAGGAAUCAAGCUCCUUCCUGGGCAGUGCCACGUUUUCGGUGGGGGAUCUGCUGAGGGCCAAAGAUGACCGGCUGACCUUGAGUCUCAGGUCAUCUGAUGGUGUGUGUGCAGCGGGAACAGUGGUGGUGAGCCGUCUGAAGAUGGGGGAAAUGGAGGAAGUUGACGUGGACCACAUCACCACCGACAUAGCGCCACAGAAGUGUCCCUUGGUCUGCGAUUCUGCGCAUCACUCCAGUAUCGACAGAGAAAAUAACCCGCUGACAGGACCAGUGUUCAUCAACCCAGUAUGCAAAGUGUACAGAUUUCAAACGGUGGACAGCAAGUGGAUGCUUGUGCGGGAACAAAUGGAGGAGUGCACUUUGUCGUUCAGCGUCCCCAAGCAGCUGCUCUCACUGUACAUACAGGAGGACAUGAGCAGGGUCCAGGAUCUGAGGGAGCUAGGCGAGCUCUCCCCGCACUGGGACAACCUGAGGAAGGAGGUGAUGACCCGAUAUGGAGGAAUCAUCAGCUCCUAUCAGGAGACUUUGGCUGAGCUGGACAAGAUUACAGGUCGUUCAUUCAAGCCAAGCUGCUGCAAAGCCCAGAAGUCUUUGGAGUUCAUCCCAAUUAACUUGCACACCCAGAGGAUGAGGGUGACGUGCCCCAAAAAAACAGAUGCAUUUUAUGACAUUAUCACUGUCGGUGCGCCUGCAGCCCACUUCCAGGGCUUCAAGUGCGGUGGCUUGCAGCGUCUCCUAAGCAGAUACGAAACAGAGAAAAAGAGCUUCAGCACUGCCUACCAGUGUAUCUACUACUCCCCAGAGCACACAGCCAAAGCUCAGGAGGUGCUCAGCACCAUGAGCCUCCUCCAGCCCCUCAUCACAGGUUUGGCGGACCAACUCCUCCAGGCUGCCCACGAGCGCUCUUCCUCCGGACUGAGGGAUGUACUCAAGAACCUUUCUGACAAGACGGAACAGUUUGUUCACACACUUAAGGAUGAACUGGUCAAGAGUGCUCUGCUAGCGCUGCAUGCAGCGCGGCCGGGGUACGUUUCCAAGAACCAGAAGCAAAACCAACACCAAGACCACAUCGACCAGGGCAGUGAACAGAAUCAGGUCCCAGCCCAGGGACUUCCAGGCCACAGUCCAACCACAUCCAUCUCUGAGAGCACAGUGGUGUGUAAUAAUGUGGAUGCAUCUCAAGCCAUGACUGGGGGAGGGGGUGGACCUUUACCGGUGAAGCACCAAGACUCCAUACCGCACCAUAAAGAGUACGACGAGGAGGAAUGGGACAGGGUGUGGGCCAACGUGGCCAAAUGUCUCAACUGUGUAAUCGCCAUGGUGGACAAACUCCAGGAAGAAGACGGCAGCAAGCAGGAGCCCGUCCCUGAACAGCAGCUCGCCGACGUCAUCACUUCACACAACCCCGGGGACUGGAGGGAGCAGUUGUCUCCUCUGGUUACCAGGUUAAAGGAGUGUGUGAUCGAGGUGGUGGACAAGGCGAAGAGAGCCAUGACAUUUGUGCUCCUGCAGGAGGCAGCCUGCAGCAUUCCACAGGGCUUCGUCCUCCAGCAGAGGCGGGACGUUGUCUUCAGUCAGGCACUGGCAGCUCUGGCCUGUGGUUUUGUCAUGAAGUUGUACGCAGGAAUGCAAGACAAAGGUUUCCUUAUGCAGCUCCAUCUAGUUGGACUGGUGGCCCAGUUUGAGAGCCUGCUCAGCACCUACAGUGAAGAGAUCGGGAUGCUGGAGGACAUGGAGGUUGGAAUCUCAGACCUUCAGAGAGUCGUGUUCAAGAUUACAGAGGCCAAGACGGAUGACCUCAGCAACCUCCAGCCUUUAGUGUGUGGCCGACGAGACCACUUCACUGUAGAAGUGCCAUUACCGCAGCUGGUUUUCCAGGCCUUGCCAGAGGAGAUCAAGGAGGGCAAGCCUCUUCGAGUAUUCCCGGUGCUGUUUAACGUGGGGAUCAAUGAACAACAAACUAUAGCAGAGAGGUUUGGAGAUAUCUCCCUACAAGAAAGGAUAAACCAGAAGAACUUUGAGACAUUAGAAGCUUAUUACAAAUCAUUAAGUGAAGCGGUGCCACUAGAAUGUCUACCGUGUUUUCAGACGCAGACUGACAUUAAGGAAUUACUUGAAACCUUGGGGCAGAAUGUAGUCACAAAGAAGAGAAAGAAUGUGGAAAUACUUUGGAUUGCUGGAACAAUCUGCCGAAGGUUAAAUGGCAUCAGGUUCACCAGCUGUAAAAGUGCCAAAGACCGAACAUCCAUGUCUGUCACGUUAGAGCAGUGUGCCCUCUUACGUGAUGAACACCAGCUCAGCAAGGACUUCUUCGUUCGUGCUCUGGACUGUAUGCGGAGAGAAGGAUGUCGGAUUGAGAACGUUCAAAAGAAUAUUAAAUGCAGGAAAUAUGCCUUCAACAUGUUGCAGCUGAUGGCCUUCCCCAAGUGCUACCGACCACCAGAGGGGACUUACGGCAAAGUUGACUCUUGAGGAUGUAAACCACGCACUGCAGAGCUACUCGGUCAAGCUGGAAUUUGGCAAAUAUGUUUUAUUUUUUUAUUAUUGUUUUGUAAAAUAAAGGCACUUUUCUACUUUACGUUUCACAGCUCAAGCAGCAACGAUGCAGUGUGUGUGUGUGUGUGUGUGUGUGUGUGUGUGUGUGUGCGUGUGUGCGUCCGUGCAAACCAUACCUUUGGAUAAUCUGUGUGUGUAGUGCGUCACUGAACUUUUAAAGCCCUCAGGCAGUUGAACCUGCGCUCUCUGAAGAUGUCUGUGUGUUCUGCAACAAUCUUAACUCGGCUUUCAAGUUCAGUUUGUCUCUUUGGCCUCGUGGAGACGACAGCUGUGAAAGCAAAAGCUAGUGGGCUUCUUGUUGACGGCGUACCCGUCCAAGAAUUGACAUCUUUUCUCCAGAGAUGGAUGUUUGUGGUAUGAAUACUCCUCCCCACAAAUAACUUGUUUAAAUGCGUUGAGUGUGAGCACAGAAAUUAAAGUCUAGCAUCUAAAAGUGUGGGUUUGUGCUCUGUUAUGUUGUGGUUUUGAGUUCAGCCAUGUUUUUUUAUGGUUGUUUUGUCCAGUGAUGUUAAAUGAAAGUUGGAAACAAUGGACCAUUCAUUUCUGAAUGCUAUAAGAACAAAUUCCAUUAUUUAUUUUUUGUUUUUCCUAACAUGGUUUUAAAUACUCUAAGGUUUGAUACCUUGGAUUUGCAGGCCUGUUUAAUGUAAUCAGCUGUGUAACGUUUUUAACCUUUACAGAUGUCUAUUUAAAACGAAAGGCUGGUUUGAUGUAUAGUAAUGAUUGUCAAGUAUUUAGUCAGUAUCAUAGGCCUUCAUUUAGAUCAACAGGUAUGUGUGUUUGUUUUGUUUUUGUACCUUUUUUUUUAUUAUUAUUAUUAUUUUUAUUUUUACCUUUUCAUUGAUGCGCAAUAAACAGAUCAUAUGACAGAACA